ACAAGUGAUAUAGCCUACUUCGAAUUAGCGUGCUUUCCAUAACAGUGGACAUGACUACAAAGUAUUCCUUCAAGACGUCUGCAUAAGACUGCUGCUGAGUAAAGCUGACAAAGUAGUGUUUUUUCUUAAUUUAACCACAGAAUGCUAGAUGUGUGACUAGUAUGAUAAUGAAGUAACGGGCCAGUGAGCCUGGGGAGGUCAUGAACUGUUGGUCUAUAAUAGUUAACGGAAUUGACUGAAGAAUUUGAGAAGACGAGGAAAGAGGACCCAAGACAAAUAUAUAUAUGAAUGUGAAGAGAAUGCCUUUAGAUUUUGCACUUGGAUUCGUUUUACAAUUAAGAUCAACCAAUCUCUGCAAGAACUUCAGUUAAUUUAGCAGUUUGGACAUGUGAAACUACGACAGGGUGGAGAUAAGCUGACAGCAUCACCUCGUAGUUGUAGGAGCAUUUCAAUAAUAGUUCGCAAUACAGUCAAGUACAAAAACGCCUUUGGAAUGGGCUUUGUGGGAGCGGUAUGACAGAAAGAAAGGAAAUGUGUUACAGAUUUCCUCACUGGUUAUGGGUCUGUUUUCUGGGGCUAGUGGAAAAACGUUUCAUAUAACAAUACAUAACGUAAAACGGCAAGGACGAGCUACGAACGUUAGAGAGCACUGUCUCCGAAACGGUAUGUCGGCAAAUUUGAGCGUUUGAAUAAAGAACACACCCCCAUCAAACUUAAGCAGGGUUGGAGGCAGGUAGUUGGUGAGACUGGGGAGUAAAGACUAAGUAGAAGCUGAAGUUUGUUGGAUGACAAUUAACACAUUAAAAAGAGAAAUGUCUUCGGGGUACAAAUCUUGGAUACUCCUCACAGGUUUCAUUUUAUUCUAUAUUACUUAUCUAAUGCUCGGAGCGCUGGUUUUCUCCACCAUCGAGCGGCCGGUAGAGGACACAUUAAAAACUGACAUUAAAGCCCUGAAAGAAGAAUUCCUCAAUCAAAGUUGCGUUAAUGCAACAUCACUAGACAACUUUUUGGAGCGAGUUUUACAAGCCAACAAGUAUGGUAUAUCUGUUCUUCCGAAUUCUUCUGCGAGUUCAAAUUGGGACUUGGCUUCCUCGUUGUUUUUCGCCAACACUUUAGUAACGACAGUCGGAUAUGGCCACACCACACCGCUGUCAGACACUGGCAAGGCCUUCUCCAUCUUCUAUGCCCUGGUGGGAGUGCCCUUCACAAUGUUGGUGCUGACCGCCUGCGUCCAGAGGCUGAUGCAUCUGGUGACCUACGGGCCCAUCGGCGUGUGCCGUCGGCGGAUGGGCCUGGAUCCCCGCACCGCCACUGCCGUGCACUUUGCCGUCCUGCUGCUGCUGGUCGUCCUGGGGUUCUUCGUGGUGCCCGCUGUGGUGUUCAGCCAGAUCGAAGACACCUGGUCCUUCCUGGAUGCUGUGUACUUCUGCUUCAUCUCGCUGUGUACCAUUGGGCUGGGUGACUAUGUUCCUGGUGAGCAGCCCAGUCAGAGGUUCAGGGCACUCUAUAAGAUCUCUGUGAUGGUGUACCUGUUCUUAGGGCUGAUGAUGAUGUACCUAGUCCUGCGUUCCUUCCACCGGAUGGCCGACCUGCACGGGCUGACCGCGUUCUUCCAGCUCCCCCACUGCGACGAGGACGCCGAGGACCGGGAGCCCAUCGUCAAGGCUGGCUCGGAGGACCAGAACGAGAAUGACCUGAAUGCCUCGGCCAAGCCCCUGGAUCCCACCUCCAAGAGCUCCUACAACGCCAUUCAGAGAUAGGGACUUACUCCACUCUGGUACUUUGGUCCCCUAGCUCAGCUGAACUGUCACUGUUUUACAGAAACCCAGGGUUGAGGUUUAAACCUGAGCCUACGUACACUUCACCGCUGCAACUCAUGGCAGGCCUUCCACGGCGGCCCAGCUAAACCAAAAAGAAACCAGAUAUGUACAGGUUCAACAGACCGCGUGUUGUUUUAUAACUUACUUAGAGAUUGUGUGGUUGGGAAUGAGAAGGGUAACCAUUUUUGUUUCAGACCAAAAAUGCAUGCGUGUUUAUCACAGCUCUGCGUUGCUGGGGGAAAGGGCACAUUUAGGAUAGUUCUAAAGGUUUUAAAAUGUCAAUAAUUUGUCUGUUUGGGCCUAGUUUGGUGGAGAACGGUGGGGGAAGCCAGUUCAAAUCACUAAAUUAAUUUGAUGACAUCUAACAGUUAAGCACCAGUUUUAAAACCCUAUUUAUGCCUUCUAUUUAUAGACCCAAUAGGAUCAAAUGCCACCAUACUGUUUAGCAAAAAUAAUUUUCUAUGAUAUUUUAGCCAUAUUUCCCAGUCAACUGUUUUAUUUAUAUACAUACAUGUUUGAAUUUGAUACUGAAUGAUCUAUUGUGGCCAUCUUCAAAUGUAUUGGCAUUCCACAGUGACAGAAGUGAAGAAGCUUUUGGAAGAUCUCAACUUCAUACUCCUUGGUCUUAGAACCCAUUAGACAAGAGGUUGGGAGGUCCGUCUUCUCUGACCUUCUCCUAAGAGUUUUUGAGAAGGAUGUCGGUAUUAUGAAAUACGUUUUCUUAUUGUCUAGAAUCAUGUGAUGGAGCAAAUUCCCCGGACCAGGAUGGAUCUUUCCCACUUUGUUUAAGACAAUCAUGUUAUAGUACAUGCGUAAUCAAAAAUAAGGAUAUUACCUGAAGGAUUAACAAGUUAUCGACCAAAAAAAUGUAUGUAAUGAGGCUUGUAAUUAACAACCAAGUGGCUCUCCUGGUGAAGGGCUGUCAGUUGUUAAAUAUUAGAAUGUGGUGUUAUUUGUUCCACAAUGAGAAAUGUAAUUCCUGUCAUGUCAGUUUUUUUACAACGUUGGAAACUUUUCACAUGCACUUUAAAUAUUGAACAGUACAUUGUCUGGUAUACGGCACAAAACAUUGUUGUGAGCCUCUAAGAUUUUUCUUAGCUUUUUUUUUUUUUGGGGGGGGGGGGGUAUGGUACUGUAAUACCUGGAGGUUGUCAUACUAUAAUAAACUAUUCAAAUGUA